UGAUGAUGCGACGCAGGGCCGAUGGUGGUGCUGCGGACUUCUUGCACGUGCAUGGCACUGUGCCGACGCAUCUUUGUGUGCUCGACGGCUCUUCUGCUGAGGUCGUGCACGCGGCUCUGCGCAGGCAAUUGGAUCUGCCUUGCGACGGCCCCCUCGACCUGAUGGUCCCCAGGCAGGUGGACAUCGCGUGCUGCGACGCUGCCAGUGGCAACCUCCGAAACGAGCGUGCCUUUGCAGAAGCGUUCCCUCGGAGGUCUCAGCUGACCUUGUUGUGUCGGGCACACAAGAAGAAGAAGGUCGCCGAGCAGGGGCUCAUCGCGAUCAGGCCAUUCGACACGAACCUCGUUCGAUGUCAAAUGUCCUUGACGGGUGAUCACCUUCUCGAGCUGAGACACCAGGCCAGGUUGAUCCAUGGAGAGCAGCUCGUGGUCAGAGGAGGUGUACCCCCAGCGGCAGCCACCGCGCACCGCGACGCCAUUUGGGACCUUUACUUUGGUGGUUCAAGUGACCCAAUACUUGCGUAUCGCAAGGAGGUUGUUUCAAGAUUGUACAAUGGAGAUAUUCGCAAGCAUGGCGUCAUUGAGCACUAUUGCAGAGGAUGUUGUCAAUCGCCCAAGCACACUCUGUUCUUGAUGAGGAGGUUUGGGGUCCCUGCGCUGUUCGGCAGGAUUGACGUUCUAAACAGAGCCAACUGGGCUGACAAGAUGCGCAGUCACCGAUCCAUUGGUGUGCCAGCGUCUGUCCAUGGUAUUCUGCAGGCAGCCUACUUGCGCGCGCUGCCAGGGAAGGCAGCCCGUGCGCCACGUGCUGUUGCUGCUGGGCCUGGUGGCGGCGCUCCUCCAGGGGAUGCCGAGCAGCGUGCCGCUGGAGACGGCGGCGCCGACCCUGCUGGACCUCAGCCCUCGGCCGACGGCCCAGACGGCGGGGACCCAGCAGACCAGGACGACGUGAACGCCUUCAGGGAGCAGCACGACCAGCGAGUUGCUGGCAGCCGCGCCUGGAUGCUCAGCGGCGCCGUCGCUGACGAUAUGUUCAUCGGCUCGGUGCUGGCCGUGCGCACGGACUCCUACGUCACGCGGCAGUUGGCCUCCAGCGGCUCGGCAUUCGAGAAGCUGCAGCAGCACAAGGUGUCCCGCGGAGAGCCGAGGACAUAUCAAGCGUGGCUGGCUCAUGAGG